AUGCAAUCAUACAGUGAUCCAAAGGCAUCAAGAUCUUAUGGAUGGUUCGCUAAAGGUGAUGAUGAAGUUGUGUCUGAUCCAACAUUUAAUAAUGGUUUUGGAACAUCAAUGUUAUUCAUGGAACAAACGCAAAAAGAAGCCAUUAUUGAGUCAGCUCUUUCUAUGACAGCAUUCAGACCUUAUGGACCUAUUCCCGCUGAAAUUAGGAAUGUAUCAACAAAGACAAGUGCUCCAUCUUGCAGAGUCCAAUUUUCUGUAACAAGAGAUGAAGGAUGGUCUGAAUUUUAUCAAAUGUGUUCUGAUGUUGAAGUAACUGUUGAUAAUGGUUACUUGAGAUUUACAACUUCUAGUAUAGAUUUCUGCACUGUUCCUGUAUUUUACAAGAAUCCAGGAAUUGAGCAUGUUAUUCAAUUAAGAUCAGGAAGCCCAGUUACAUUAUUAGGAGCAUCUCAAUGGAGAUGUCAGACGCAAAAUAACAACAAAGGUUUGAAUUGCAGUGAAGAACAUGAUUGGGAAGAUUUCAUACCAGAAAACUAUAGUGGUAUAAGAGCAACAAUGCCUAACUCUAUGAUUUCGCAGUCAUCAUCUGGCGUGAAAAUUAAUUUAGCUGGAGGUUUGGCUGAUUCAUCAGACAUGCGUGAAGCAGGUAUGAGAGCAACUGUUAGUUUGAAAUUAUUUGAAAAUUCUGCAAUUAUUUUAAUUGUUGUUUUCAUUAUUUUAUUGGUUGUUUACAUCUACAAGCCAUGUGCUUGCUGUGUACAAUACUGCUGUUGCUGCUGCAAUGGAUCCAACGAAGAAGAAGAUCAAUUAGAUGAUAUGGAUUCAAGAAAGAAGAAAUAA